UAUACUGCGCUAUGGAAGCAACGCCCCCGACGGGCUUCGCCAUCCCCCGAGCACCUUCUCCCUCUGGCUCACGCAACCAUCCCCGCCACUCCGUCAACUCGUCUUUCUCGUUUGGGCCCCAACCACUGGUCAACUCUCUCGCAGAUGCGAACACGAGCGCAGUGACGUCUAAUAGGGCCUCAUUCUCUUACCUCGAUCCAAGCCGCUCGAUUCUCCAGACGUCUCCGCUACGGACGUCCCCGCGCAUGCCGCGGCGGACCCCGAAGAAAAUGGGAGGCAGCAGCCGGCACCCGCUCGCGAACGAUACCACGGACGUCUUUCAAGACGAUGCGGAUGACGAGGGCGACGACGAAGACGCGCACGAGUGGGGAAUCGUAGAUCGAAUGCGGCUGUGGAGGCACGACGCGCUCAUGCAGCAUCUCUACGACUCUGCGGCGUUCUGGGGAGACAAGAUCGUCAGCUGGACGAAUGACCCGAACGACGCGUUCUGGCUUGCCCAGACGUAUUUCUUGAAGCACGAAUACUCGCGCGCCGAGAGGCUCCUCACGCGCCCAUUCCCCACUACCCCUCCACCAAAGGGGCCUCUUGUAUCCAAGACAAACGGCACUUUCCAACCACCGUUCGCGCCCGCCGCGGCAAACGCGAAAGGCAAAGGGCGGGAAAUGCCCCCUCCAUCCACUACUCUCGGUGGGGAAGGAGAAACGCUCGCUCCAGGAGUACAACGCCUGCCUAUGGGACCUGGGGAGACAAUCGACGUCGCGAUUCAGUACGAAGAGGGGGUCUCACGACUAGUUGACAUGAGUGUCGCGUGCCGGUAUCUUGCCGCACAGUGUCAGAUGCGUCAAGGCAAGUGGAACGACGCGCUGGAGAUGCUGGGGGAGUCCAACCCCUUCCGCAGCGACGGCGAGGGUCCACACGUGCCCAACAUGGAUGGAGGUAUCAAGAUCGAAGCGUCAAUGUGCAACUUGCGAGGUCUGCUCAUGCUCAAGCUCAAUCGAGGCGAUCAAGCGAAACAUUGCUUUAUGGAGGCUCUCGCGCUUGAUGUGAAGUGUUAUGAGGCAUUCGAGCAGCUCGUGAGUGGUGAGAUGAUGACGCCUGACGAAGAAUGGGAAUUUGUCGCCCAUUUAGCGUAUCGCGAACAAACACCCGCGGAUGCGGACUUCGUCCGACUCAUAUACCAAUCACGACUACGGAAAUACAAGCAUGGAGAGGAACACGCGCUCAUCCGGAAACGUCUGGUGGACGAGUAUGGGCUUGGGGACAACCCAGACGUACUGUUCAGCUUCGCGGACGCAUUAUACACACAACUUCGCUGGGCAGACUGUUUUGCAGUCACCUCGCGAAUCCUCAGCCUAGUGAACGUCCACAAGAACACUAUGCCCCUCCACAUCGCCUGCAUGUACCACCUCACGCACCUCAACCCGAAGCUCUUUCUCCUCGCGCACGAGCUUGUCGAGCGUGAGCCUGAGAACGCCAUUUCCUGGUACGCCGUGGGCAUCUGGUACAUGUGUGUGCGCAAGUACCAAGAGGCCCGGACGUACUUCUCCAAGACGUCGCUCAUGGACCCACGCUUCGCCCCCGCGUGGGUCGCGUUCGCGCAUGCGUUCUCGUUCGAGGGUGAGCACGAGCACGCUGUGACGGCUUACUCGACGUGUGCGCGGCUGUAUACGGGCUCGCAUCUGCCGCUUAUGUUCGUGGGCAUGGAGCACAUCAUCUUGUCGAAUCGAAACCAGGCGUCGGAGGCGCUGACGGCGGCACAACAUAUGUGCGACGCGGACCCGCUGUUGUUCAAUGAGCGGGGAGUGAUGGCAUUCACGAACGAGGACUACGAGACAGCUGCGAAAUUGUUCGCGGGCGCGCUCGACCUCGCGCGGGUCGUGCAAUCAUCUCAAACGACUUGGAUACCGACGUACCUCAACCUCGGCACCGCGCUGAGGAGAUUAGGUCGACUAGCGGAGGCGAAAGCUGCGUACCAACGAGUUCUCGAGAUCGACUACAGAAACGUCACUGCGCUAUGCUUUAUGGGUGUGACAUACCAUCUACUCGGCCUAGCCAGCAAGCCCGAGCUGGCUGGCCGCCAUAUCGAGGCCGCCAUCGUGAAGUACCACGAGGUACGGUCCCUCUUUCAACAACUCUCGCUCCUCCUUGUUUCGCGCCUCUCCUCGUGAUCUCCUGUUAACAUCCCCGCGCAUGCAGGCCCUCAGUAUCGAGCCGAUCAACGGCUACGUCCUCGAGCUGCUCGAAAUGGCACUUGAAGCGAGCGCGGACAUGGGCCCCUUCGGUGUAAAGGGUCCACCUGGCGGAGAGGAGAAUUGGGAAAGACAGAUGCGCGAGCAUCGCGAUAAGGGAAAGCAGGUCGCCAAGGCCAUGUCGCCUGGUGAGGACUUUGAGGAUACGAGCUUGUAACCUGUAGCCUGUAACUGCGAGGCAAAGAAUGCUCGAACAACGAGACGCGGACCCUCGAGAUGGUGAAGAAGUGAUUAUGCUCCUUCAUACUCGGCCUUCUUCAUACAGUCGCGUGUGUAGUGCGGGCUCUCGCCUGGUUGGAGUGGAUGGCUGCCGGCGUAGCCCCAAGCGUAUCCCAGAGCCUUCCCGCCCAACCCAGGUGGAGGCCUCCAAAAUCUCGCAUGGAUCAUCGGCUUCUGGCGAGGCUUUCUUCUGCGACGUUUCACCUUGUCUACGAGUCCCGUAUCUGCUGUAUAAGACCUGACUUGAACAACGGGACAGCGGGACUCGGAGAUGUCGUGCGCAUGGGGGGACGGCUCGACUUCAGCAUCAGGGUUCGACUGGACGAUGCGGGGAGGUUUCGGAGGAGUGAGCUUGGUCUUCUCCAGAAGCAGAAGGGGUGCCUUGAGGUCCACAACGUCUGCCUGAAAAUGUAACAUCUCUUUCGCCCGCCCAGGGGGAAGAAGUUCAGGCUUGGUCGACUCGUUCAUUACCCACGCAAAGUCCACAGCGACUGCACGUGCACGGGACGCCCUCCGCUCUGCCUCCUCUUGUGUAUCCUCUGGUGCAGGACCUUCUGAAACAAUCUUGGGCUUAGCCUUCGGAGUCAACACUAUGGCCUUCGGCUGCACGGUCCUAGAGAGAAGACGGAAAGGGACUGCUAUGACUACUUCCUCUUCGUCUUUCUUUUCCUCCGUAUCUACGUGGUCCUUCUCUACCUUCCGCUUUUUCUUCUUUCUGGGCGAAUCGAUAUCGGGAGAGCCAUCCAACUGGGAAGUCAGAGGAAGUGUAUCCUCGAUAGUUCUCUUGAGAAUGCUUUCUAGCCGCGCAAGCAUGUGCGCGUGUUGCGGGUCGGCUUGUGUAGGCUCGCCAUCGUCGUCAGAGUCAUGUAGGGCGGCCCGCGAGACGAUUG